AUGUUUUUAGUUCUUUUAUUUGUUAGCUUUGUUGCAGUAUACAUUCCAAUUUUUCCAAUAACUCAGGCUCAGAGGACCUACAACUGUGCUACUAGGGAAUACUGUAAUGACUAUGUCGAUAUAGAUUUAAGAAUUCAGACUCCUAAUUCUGGUAAUAACCCUAAUCCUACACCUACUCCAUCAGGAAAUUGUCCUCAAGGGUACAUACCAUGUACUAAUAUAAAAUGUGGAUUUUCGACACAAAAACCAGUAUUCGGUAGUAAUGGUCAAGCCACGCAAGGAGCUUACCCAUGGCAUGUUUAUCUGUAUAGGAUUCCCGAAGGAAGAAAUGCUUAUGUCGGAGGAGGAGUUCUGAUUAACCAAUAUUGGGUACUUACUGCGGCUCAUAAAGUUCAAAAUUACCAGUUGCAACCUAAUAAUAUAGGAGCACUUUUGGGAUUAUAUAAUCGCAAUGAUGCUGGCCCAACUGUACAAAAUUCUGCUCUGCAAAAUAUCAUACUUCAUCCUUCGUAUGAUACGACAGCAUAUAAACCCUCAUAUAAAAAUGAUAUAGCACUAUUAAGAUUGCAAACUCCUAUGAAUUUUGGAAACUAUGUCAAUCUCGCUUGUUUACCAGCUGCAAGAAGUUAUGUAGGCUCUUCGGCGCAAAACUGCGUUGUGGUGGGAUUUGGACAAACCACUUUUGCAAAUAACGAUGCACCGUAUACCUAUUUAAAACAGGCAUUCGUACCGAUCGUUACAAUAGAUGAAUGCAAUAGAACGUUCUAUCAGAUAGGAAUAGAAACGUCUUAUUAUUUGGAUGGUCAAAAUGAAAUUUGUGCUGGUGGUCAAGCUAAUGUCGAUGCUUGUACGCAAGAUGGAGGUUCUGGAUUGGUAUGCAGAGAUAGUCCGACUGGUGUUUUCAGCGUCGUUGGUUUAGUUAUCUGGGGAAAGAAUUGUGGGGUACAAAAUAGAUAUGGAGUCUACGUCAAUGUUCCAUCUUAUUUAGGUUUUAUAAGUCAAUAUGUGCGUUAA